UUCAUUAAUAGACUAUUGAAAGGUUCAUUAAUACUAUACAAAAUGUAUAAUGCAUCAACAUCAAGGUUAUAAUCAGAUUAAUCGCUCUCUUCCAUUGUCCAAAAAAGAUUCUAGCCAGGGUCCCCACUCGUGCGAGUAACAUUUUCCGCGCCAAAGCAAAGAAAACAAAGAAUUCUUCUUCUUUUUCUUCUUGUGUUCAAUCGCAUCAAUGGACGAUCGCUUCUCCGAUUUGAACCCUAAAACUAAAACGUGCGUGGUUUUAGGCGGAAGAGGAUUCAUAGGAAAAGCGUUGGUUUUACGCCUGUUGAAACUCGGUAACUGGAUCGUCCGAGUUGCCGAUUCCACUCACUCACUCCAACUUCACAGCUCCGAGUCACUCCUCGCUGAAGCUCUCUCUUCUUCUCGCGCCUCGUACUUCCAUCUCGACAUUACCGAUAAACACCGCGUCGCUAAAGUUCUUGAAGGUUCUUCCGUUGUUUUUUAUUUGGAUAUUGAUGGCAUCAAUUAUGACAAUGAUUUCUACAGCUGCUAUAAGUUGAUAGUUCAAGGUGCGAAGAAUGUGAUUAGUGCGUGCAGAGAAUGUAAAGUGAAACGACUAGUAUACAAUAGUUCUGCAGAUGUUGUAUUUGAUGAUUUGCAUAAUGGAGUUAAAUCAUCGGCAUAUCAGUGGAAAGUUGGUAAUAUGUUAAUAGAUCUUAAGGCUCAUGCAGAAGCUUUAAUCUUGGAUGCUAAUGAUAUUGAUGGAGUAUUGACAUGCUCACUUCGUCCUAGUAAUGUCUUUGGUCCUGGUGACACAGAAAUUGUGCCGUAUUUUCUCAAGUUAGCAAGAUACGGUUUUACAAAGUUUAUUAUAGGGGCUGGUGAUAAUCUGUCAGACUUCACCUUUUAUGAGAAUGUUGCUCAUGCCCAUAUCUGUGCUGAAGAAGCCUUAAAUUUUCAAACUGUCUCUGUGGCUGGAAAGGCAUUUUUUAUCACGAAUCUUGAGCCUAUGAAGUUCUGGGAAUUUCUCUCACUUUUAUUGGAAGGGCUUGGAUACCAAAGGCCAUUCAUCAAACUUCCUGGCAAUUUGGUGCAAUACAUUCUCUCAGUUUUAGUUUGGUUACAUGAGAAGUUGGGACCCAGAUGCUUCAAUUAUCCUUUAUUAGUUCGUUUUUUUCAGUUAGCAUCACACACCCAAACAUUCAACUGCUCAGCAGCUCAAAAAGAUAUUGGAUACUCGCCUAUAGUCUCCCUUGAGGAAGGUGUCACGUUAACCAUCGAAUCAUUUGCUCAUUUAGCUAAAGAUUCAUCUUUUUCAAGUUGCUCCGGGUGUGUCGAUCGGUCAAAAGCAGAUAAGCUGCUUGGCUGUGGAAAAGUGGCUGACAUUUUGUUAUGGAGAGACGAGAAAGCAUCCUUCGCAUAUUUUCUUGGGCUGGUUUUUUUGUUUUAUUGGUUUUUCCUUUCUGCAAGCAGUUUUAUAUCAUCUGGUGCAAGGCUUUUGCUGCUUGCCACUUUACUACUAUGCGGACAUGGUUUUCUGCCAUCAAAGCUGUUUGGUCCCCCUACACAGAGACUGCCCGAAUCUAAUUUUAAGAUCUCUAAUACGGUGGUGAAAGAUUCAGUUGCAAUUACAGUACAUAUAUGGAACAAGGGGUUUCAAAAUAUAAAGGGACUGGCCCAAGGGGAUGAUUGGUCUAAAUUUUUCAAGGUUGCGGUUCUUAUAUACCUUCUGAAGUUGAUCAUCUCAAAGUUCUUGACAACAUUAAUAGGCACAGGUCUGGUCCUUGCAUUUAUGGCAUUCUUUGUCUAUGAGCAAUAUGAAUCAGAAAUUGAUGGACUAGCAGGUCUUCUAACUACUAGUUUAAAGGAGUUCACGAUAUAUUUGAUGGGAAACUUACCUCUUUCUGUAUCGCGACUUCUGCAUUAUGGUGACAACUUUCAGCGUUACCAAAAAGAGGUUUCUUCGUAGCUCUGCGAUCUUUGACAUCCCAUAGGCUAUACAUGACUCACAAAAGUGGAGUUGUGCACCUUCGGAGGGAAAUUUGGAAUAUAUAAUGUUUUUAAGAAUGGCCUAUCUCCCUCGUUCUAUCUUUUGUAAUCACAGGUAUUCUUACUAGUGAAUCAGGCUGAAGGUGAUGAUGCUGUUUGACAGUGCCAUGGUACUGUCUUUUAACGGGUGAAAUAUUAACAGAUAGACAGAUUGAUGAUUCGUUGAGAUCAAUAAUCGUGCUAAAGGAACAUGCCAUUCUAUUGCCAGUACAAAAUUCAGUCAAAUAUGUAUAAUAGUAGUGGUUUCUUAAAGUAGUUAUGUAAAUUGCUUUUAAACUCUAGUAUAUUUUACAUUGUUAGUCAUCUAUAAUUGUUAGACCGUAAUAAAUAUUUGACUUUAAAA